AUGCCGGCGCAUAAAGGAAUCAAGUUAAAUAUCAUUUCACAAUGGGAGUUGAAAAUGCAUCCAGAGUUUCCUCAUCCAGAAAGUACACAAUUUACAUUUAGAUCGCCAAAAUUAGACAAAGAAGCCUUCGAAGGCCAUGGACACUCACCAGCUGCCAAAGCUAAUGACAGUAAGGCCGAUCGUUUACUAGGAAGACAGUCCUCAAUUAUUUCGGUUUAUAUUCCAUCGGCAUCAGGAUCUCGAUUUUUUGUCCGUUACAAUAUAGGAGAUGCGGCAGACCAAUGUCCAUGGUUUUACUUCAAAUUAUAUAUGAAUGGUCGGCACAUCACAUCUUGGGGAACAAAUUCGAAGACGCGACCGAGUGGGCAAGUUAUGAGAGCAUUGUUCGAACCGGAUGCAACAUGGGAUUACAAGGAGGGCAAAACAACUUAUAAGAAUCCCGGCACAGAAUACAGACCAUUUUUCUUCAGCCAGGAAAAAGAAGAUCGUGGUGCCGCAGAUGAUGGUGGCCUGAUUGAAAUAAAAGUUUUUCGUGCCCGUGGUCGCAAGAGAAGAAACCCCAGAUUAGAGCAAUAUAAAGAUCAGACAAAUUAUGGUGUUGUUAUGCCUACCCAUGGACUUGUAGAGAAACCUCAAGAUGCGAGAUACUUCGAUUGGCAUCUCAAGGAUGCCAAGGACAACCCAUUUGCUACAUUCAAAUUUCAUUAUAGAAGUUGGGAUAACUUGCAAUCGUUGCAUCUAAUACCUCUUGACCAUCCUAGAACCCUUGAAACCCAAGUUCCAAGUAUGGCUAGGCACUUAAUGGGUCCAAGUCAAAAUAUGCCGCUACUGAGCCAGACACUUGGAUCACCACAUACUCCAACAAAAUACUUGGGCAAAGUAUAUACCAGUGAUCAGAUACAUGAUUCUCUUCGAGCUGCCUACCCUCCGCUCGACCAUGAUGGAAGCCCCUUUUCUCCCGAUGAAAGACGACCUUGGACACGAGUAUUUGAUACAAAACGAGUGGGCUCAACGUUGACGGUCAACAAAGAUCAUAGAGAUGCAUUUAUUGUUCCCACUGACCAUGUUACUGAACCUGAUCCUUUCUAUACAUCAGCACCAAAGGAUAGAAGUAUCGAGAGAAGAGUUAUGCCAAAAUUGGAAUUAUCUGCGUUGUCUAUUGAUGGGGCUGGAUCCCCAUCUUCACAUGAUUGGCUGGCUACCGAUUACAAUAGACCUUUACCGGAGAUACCAAGUCGAACUUCAUCUGCAGCUUCUCGUGCAUCACCAGUAUCUCGUGCACCAUCCGUUACACCUUCUUUACUGUCCUAUCUUGAUAGAGAUCAGUCAUCUCCGGAGCCCAUAAUUGGAACUGCAGUUGCGGUUUCUAUUGAUUCGGAUGUUUCUGAGAUAUCCAUAGAAUACGAAGAUGAAGAUUCCGAAGAAGAGGAGUAUGAAGAGGAUUAUAAUUUUGAGGGUAUAUCAGCUUUAUCACCACCACCUUCCAGAACUAAUUCCAAGCGACAAGGAAUCAUUUCAUCAUCACCAAUUCAAAACUCUUUCUCCCUCCCAAACGUCACCAUUCGUAAGCCUAAGCGCUCACCGAACCAAAUCUCGCCAUUACAAAUUCCACCAAGAAAGGAGUCAGUCAAUCAAGCUAUCAAUGGCCGUUCAUAUACUAGUACAACGAGUGACGAUAACACAGGGACACUUUCAAUUCCCGAAUCAGAAUGGAUGCGUCGUACUCCAUCUCCCGUCAAAGAAACUCUUCUCGAAAGAGUAUGGAGUCCAACACCGGAAAGAAAAGAGAAUCGUAGACUUCUAUCACCUGAACGAAUGGCCGAAAUGAUGGAGUUAAGUAUGACAGAAGAUGACGAUUUAGGAGAACCUGAAGAAUUAAGAGCUUGGGACUCUAAUAGGGGUUCAAAUGGGGGGGCGGUGGAAUUGGAGGCUAUGCAUCAUCAUCGUGGGCAAAGUCAAGACUAUGGAGCCGUAUUUGAUGAUUAUGAGAUUAAUGCGAUGAAUAUGAGGGAAGGAAAUGUACAUGUUGAUCACGAAAUGAAUCGUAUGAGUAUGAGAGAGGGGAAUUGGAUUUGA